AAAACAAAACCCUACAUAUAAUUUGGCAAAACCCUGCAUAAUUUCGGACACCUCUCUCUCGGAGGGAACACAAACAAUGGCCGAUUCCGAAUCAGAACGACAACGAAAGCAUUCAACGAAGAAGAAGAGAAAGAUAAUAAAUGCCGAAGAAGAAAGAGAAGAGCAAAGACCUUUCAAAGCCUCUCUCAUCGACCGCUCAGAGAGAAAGAAAGAGAAACGGAAAAAGAAACAAAAAGAAGUAGCUUCAGAACAGAGAGAACCAAUCGAAAAGCUCCAAGACAAUCCUCCAUGGAAGAAUCUACAGUUAAUUUUAUCUCUUCAGAACAAAGACAUCUCUCUCCAAAAAAAGGUGGAACUAGCAUUUGGUUAUGUAAAAUUGAGAGUUGGUGAAGGAGGGGAUCACAGCAAUGAAGGGUUAGAGGCGGUUAGUAUUUCAAGGGUAAUGGUUUUCCUCAGCAAUUGGGUCCAGUCAUUGUUGAUUUCUUCAGAAAAGAAAAUUAGGACUCAAGGGUAUAAACCUCAGUCUGAAAUUGUUGGGUCGUGUUUGGAUUAUAGAUGCUGGGAGAUUUUCAAGUACUGCUUGGAGGAGUCUUUCAAACUGCAUGUGUCAUUGACCUGCUCACGGGAUUUCCUACGGGUUAUUCAUUGUAUUGCAAGGGAUGCAUUAUCCAGAUUGAAUGUUGUGUUACCUCAAUCGAAAGAAACUGUUUUCAGUGGUGAAGAGUUUGAUUUUUACAGUCUUGUUCUUGGUUGUGUUUCGUUGGUAUUCUCAUCUCAUGGUGGAGUUUUGAAUGAAAACUUGGACUUGUGGAUAUUGACCUCUGAUACAGUGCUUGAGCUUGUGCAGAAAAUUUUCGAUCACAACCUUGAUGGUGGCAAGGUGGGUGUCUUUCUCCUGCAGUUUUCGUGUGCUGUGCUUGAUCCAUUCGCCAAGUUUUUGAGGAUCCACCCAACUCGGAAAAAUGGUUUCCAUGAUUUUGUAGAUAAGCUUCUGGAGCCUCUGUUGCAUUUGUUGGAUGUGUUACAUCUUCAUGUUCAUGGCAGUGAUCCUGGUUGGGUACAAAGCUUGCUGAAGGUUAUUGAAGAAGUUUUUUCUUAUGGGUUAUUCCACGCCGCUCAUAUGGAUGGUUUUCUAAGCUUACAAAGUACUGGAAAGUAUAUGGCAUUUGAGGAUGGCAAACCGAGAGAUUCAAAAAUCAUCAUUAAAAGUUAUCAUAGACACCUUUUUGAUAAGCUAGAAAAGAUUUUGGCAGGGAAGAAUAUAUUGGCAUUAGGUGUAGGAGAGAUGUUUCACUUGUUUGUCAAUUGUGUUAAAAAUCAGAAGGGAGCUUCAGUCAGAGGAGGUUUGAGGCACUUGGAAAAUGAUUUUUCCGGUCAUAUGACUGAAAACUCUUCUGAAAACAAUAGUGUAGUUUCAGAAAAGAGUAAUUGCUCAAGUAGUUUGAAUGCAGAAACAAGGAAGUCACUCUUUGAUUUCUUUGUACAGAUUAUGGAGCCUUCGUUGCAAGAGUUUAAUAUUUAUCUUCAAGCUGAACUGGAGGUGGGAGAUGUGUGGUUGGAUGUUCAUAGCAAACUCAGUUAUACCAACAAAAUACUUGCUAGCUUUAUGCAUGAAAAGUUAUACAUACGAACUGAGGAUAUUUCUGAAGGAGCUUUUUUUAAUUUCCUGAAAGUGUUCUAUGAUUUGGUUUUGUCAUUUUCCUCCAAAAUAAUGCAACUAUGGCCAUCAACACUUGAUAUAGACAAGAGCACAAAAAUGGGAGUUUUCAGUUCAAUUGCCAAGGAGCUUGUUCUUGCUUUUAGUUACUUGGUAGAAAUUGAAUACGAGGUUGUUGGGGAUGAUUUGGAAAGCUUAUGGCGCAUGAUGUUCUCAUUUGCUGUCCUUGGCCUCUCUUUGCCGGAUGCACCAGAUCAACACUCAUUAACUUCAAAGAUACUUCACUUUGGAUGCCAGCUGGUUAAUCUUUAUAGUGAACUUCGCCAGGUUAAUAAUGUUAUUUCUGCACUAUGUAAAGUGGCGAGGCAUUUGGUAUUACUUGACAAUUAUGGAGAAGUGAUUGGUUCAAAACUUAUGCUUCAUGCACCUUCGUUAUGCUGGGAAGCAUAUGCAAAAUCAAUGAGUAUGGUAUUAUGCUCACAAGAGCUCAGGCUUGCCAUUUAUAAUGCUAUUGUCUCCAUACCAGAAGGGCAAGUCAGCGGAUGCAUUCGGCAGUUAAAAGCAGAUAUUUCAGAAUCCCUGGAAUGGAUCAAAGUUAGUUGUUCACUUGCUUCUCAAAAUGAAUCUGGCAAACUGGAUCCAAGUAGUAGCCAGCUGUACUUUGAUCUAAAAGCAGAACUUCUGGGAAGAGGUUUGUCUGAUAUAUAUAUACUAGUUCUGGAUUCACUGACUGUAACAGCAGGUAACAGUAAUCUCAUUAGAGUUUCUGUGAAGGAUCUGAUGACAGUAUUACGCCUUAGUAUGAGCAGUCUGGUUGCAAUACAGCCAGAUAGUGUUAAUGAGUUCCUCUCUACAGUUACAGGAAGAACACUCAGUGACAGUGGGACUGGAUGCAAGAAUGAUUUUCUUUCCACUCACUGGGUUCUUCUGUUUUUCUUUCGCCUUUACGUUUCUUGUCAAAGCUUAUACCGGCAAGCACUGAGCCUUGUGCCUCCAGAUACAUCUAGAAAGAUGUCAAAAGUGAUGGGUGACUCUGUUACAGCUUACUCUGGGAAAGAUUGGGUGGAGAGGACUGAUUGGACUUGUGGAGGCUAUUUUUCUUGGAUUCUCCAGCCUUCUGCUUCUCUUUUCACCAUUGUACAGUCUGUGUCAGACAUUUAUCUUAAAGACACUGCUGCAGAUUGUGCCCCUCUGAUUUACGUAUUAAACACCAUGGCUAUUCAGAGGCUUGUUGAUUUGAAUAGGAUGAUAAAGUCUUUUGAGUAUCUACUGCAAAGGAAUGAAUAUCUACUUCAGACGUUAAUGGAUGAUGCUGGGUCCUCACCAUCUAAAAAAAACAGCAAAAAGUUGAAAAAGUGUAUCUCAUGUUUGAGGCAAGAGGCAGCAGAUCUUACCGACUUCAUGAUGGGACACCUCCCAUUACUGGCUAAAGACCAAACAUCUUUCUCCUCAUCUAAUGAUGCCACUUAUAAAAAUAUAGAUGCCCAAGCUCUGCUUGAAUAUGAUACAUGGGAUUUCGGUGUUGGUGCUUUAAAUGAAAAGUCAUUGCCUUCUGCACUUUGGUGGAUUAUUUGCCGAAGUAUUGAUGUUUGGUGCACUCAUGCUGCUAAGAAGAAGUUGAAAAUGUUCCUCUCAGUUUUAAUGAGGAAUACUCUUGUGUGGGGGGGAAACAGUUUGGAUGACUUUACAAUGCAGAAAACUAAUGAACCCGGCCAUCUGAAGAACGUCACAACACGUCAAAUUUCAUUGGAACUUCUCAGAGACACUGUUCUCUAUGAGCAAAGAUUUGUCUGCAGGCAUAUGGCAUCAACGUUUUGCCAGAUAUUGGAGAAGUUCGUCCUAGCAAUAUUUAGUAAUGUUGGAGAGGUAGAUUUAAAGACAUCACCCAAUUGGCCGGAUAUUUUCAGUGUGCUUGACAAUUCAUCAAUUCUUGUUUCUGGCAACAAAAAAGUUAUGAAUGACUGCACUUCAGUGGCUGAACCAGUUUCUUGUUCAUCUAAGAGGCUGCCUAAGAAACGCAGCAAGGAACAGAAAUCCUUUCUUUCACAUAGCAUGGAGUUCACAGAUUGUCAAACUUUGCUCCAUUAUUUGUGUUGGAUGCCAAAAGGAUAUGCAAAUUCUAAAUCAUUAUCACUAUAUGCAACCUACAUUCUCAACAUUGAGAGGCUUGUAGUUGGUAGCUUAUUAGAUUGCCAUGGUGUUUUGUACUCGCAAAAUCUCUAUGAGCUCUUCAGAUUGUUUCUGUCUUGUCGGAGGGCCCUGAAAAACCUAAUAAUGGUAGCAUGUGAGGAGAAGAUGGGAGCCAGUCAAUCCCGCCUCACUCUAAUACUCGACCAGAGUUCAUUUCCUGUUUUAUGGCUGUUGAAAUCAUUGUCUGCCGUGAUUGUGCCUCAGUGUGCAGUUUCUGAAGAUAGUGCUACCCAAGUGAAGGACAUUAUCUUUUCUUUGAUGGAUCACACAUCAUAUGCUUUUUUGACGUUAAGCAAAUAUCAAUUUAUACGUUCACUCCACUCCCUUAUAAAUGCAGAGAAGCCUUGUGAAGAACGAAACAAUUGUUUUGUUGUCCAGGAAGGGAAUAAUUUGGUUGAUUCUGAUCCAUAUUUGUGUUCUUCAAAAGAUAUUGAUGCUUGGAAAACUGUGGUCCUCAUAGCUGAGACUUUGAAGGAACAGACGAAGUAUUUACUAGUCUCUCAAAAGGGGGAAGGUCUUUGUAGUGCAAAAGUCCAAGUUGGUCUCAGCGUUUUGGAAUUUAUUAAGUUAUCUUCUAUUAUUUCUUGCUCUCAAGGUUUUUUGUGGGGCCUGGCAUCUGCCUUGGAUUACAUAGAUUCAAAAAGUUUUGAUGUUAAAACUAAAUUAUCGAGAGGGAAACAUGGAUCUAUGGACAAACUUAUCUGUUGCAUAGAUGUGUUUGCAGAGUUCGUAGAUUAUUUUGUUUGUGUGUUGCUUAUUGAGGAUGAUCAAUUGCCAGGUAGUUUCCCUGGUGGUCGAACUCUUUCCAUGUCAGAUGGCAUUGAUGAUUUAAUGGGGGUGGAGUUUUCAUGUCAAGGCUCUGGUGAUGUUUUAGAUGAAAAAGAGCAGCUAACUAUGAGGAAGUGCUCCUCAUCAUCUGAGAAAGAUCACUCUGAUAAAAGGGUUUGGAAGAAAAGGUUCAAUUCAGAAAAUGCAGGUUGUACGGACAGUAUUCUUGCCAAGUGUGAUUCAUUUGAGUUAUGUUCUUUGAAGAAGUCUUUGUUGCAGGGAUUUUUAAGAGGUGAAAAUCCUGAAGCAGCAUUUUUUCUCAGACAGCUUUUUAUUGCCUCUGCAGCUCUUCUGAGGCUAAAUUUGCAGAUCAAUUGUACUUCAUUGUCGUUAAGCUCAGUACCAAUUUUUAUUGGCAUUUCCCAAGUUUUGUUAGUGGAGUUGGCAAACAAUGUUGAAGUGCCAUCACCGUUUUCUUUUGUUUGGUUAGAUGGUGUCAUUAAGUUUUUUGAAGAGCUUGGGAGUCAUUUUCCUCUAACCAAUCCCGUCUUGUCUAGAAAUGUGUAUGUGAAGCUAGUAGAUUUACACUUAAUGGCUAUUGGAAAGUGCAUUGCUUUACAGGGAAAAAGAGCUAGUUUAGCAUCUCAUGACACAGAAUCAAGUACCAAGACAUUAACUGGCCAGAAGGGAUUAUCUGAAUCUUCUCUUUACUGUGAGCCAUGCUGCUUGGAUGAGUUUAAAGCCAGAUUAAGGAUGUCAUUUAAAGUUUUUGUCAAUAAACCAUCAGAGUUGCAUCUGUUGGCUGUGAUUCAGGCUUUGGAGAGAGCACUAGUUGGAGUACGUGUUGGCUGCACAACAAACUAUGAAAUAUGUACUGGAAGUUCAGAUGGGGGAAAGGUUUCCUCAAUUGUUGCAGCUGGCAUUGACUGCAUGGACUUGGUUCUUGAAUUUGUUACAGGACGCAAACGUUUGAGUGUUGUUAAAAGACACAUUCAGAGCUUAGUUGCCUGCCUGUUCAACAUCAUUCUACACUUGCAGGGUCCAUUGAUCUUCUAUACAAAUAUAAUCUCUAAUAAAGGUAAUGCUGAUCCUGAUCCGGGAUCAGUCAUUCUUAUGUGUGUCGAGGUACUUACAAGAGUUUUAGGAAAACAUGCUAUGUACCAAUUGGAUUCCUGCCAAGUUGGGCAGUCCUUGCGCAUACCAGCUGCACUAUUUCAGAAUUUUUUCCAGCUUAGAAUUUCUGAAGCUCCUGCUGUACCUAAUUCUCUGAGGUUAUUGGAUAAUCAAGAUACUGACAUUGUAGAAGGCAUGAAUUCCUGUGUUGUGGACCGACAGUUCUCGAUAGAUUUAUUUGCUGCAUGUUGCCGAUUACUGUGUACUGUCCUUAAGCAUCACAAAAAUGAGACUGAGCAGUGUGUUGCUCUACUUGAAGAUUCGGUUUCUGUUCUUCUUCAUUGUUUGGAGAUGGUAGAUACUUCUACAGUUGUCGGAGAAAGUUACUUUGCAUGGAAAGUACAAGAAGCAGUGAAAUGUGCUUCUUUUCUCCGGAGAAUUUAUGAAGAGAUGAGGCAGCAGAAGGAUGUUUUUGGCCGGCAUUGUUCUCUAUUUUUAUCUAGUUACAUAUGGACCUAUUCAGGAUAUGGUCCCCUUAACACAGGCAUCAGAAGGGAAAUUGAUACAGCUUUGAGACCGGGAAUUUAUGCUCUCAUAGAUGCUUGCUCAGCAGAUGAUCUUCAACACCUCCAUACUGUAUUUGAGGAGGGUCCUUGCAGAAGCACUCUGGCAACUCUGCAACAUGAUUAUAAACUGAAUUUCCAAUACGCAGGAAAAGUCUGAUCAAAGUUUUGUUUCCCUCUCUGGUGGAUGUUUUUGGCAGAAAUCAUUUUAGUUCCGAUGUAAUGUGAACAUCAGAGUGACACGAGGAUUACAGCAUGCUGUGGUUACAAAAUCUUUCAGGGCAAGCCUGGUUGUUAUGUUAAAUUCAUUACACUGUUUGGACCAAGGUUCCGCAUUACAAAGCUAUAAAUUAAAAAAUCAAAUGUAAAGGGAGAUAUUUUCUCAUUUCAUUAAACUAUAAGUGAUAUCAAUUAUUGCCAGUGUAUAUAUGCUGUAAACUAGUGCAACUCUUUUUUCUAGAAAUGAUAAUUUCUGCUUGUUAGAUGUCUUUUA